AACCUCCCCCCACCCGACACUUGUGGUUUUGCUCUAACUCAUAUAAACUGAGAUGUGAUACUGUGACAUUUCUGAGAAAGUUCAGUUACAUGAAGACAGGUGACUACAUGGACUUCCCUGCAUUGGGAAAUGAUCAUAAUCUUUGGCACCUCACCUCACCUCAUGGAAACUUUUAGGCACUGGAGAUCACGAUAUGGAUAUGUGUUGUUAUUUCUCCUCGCAGCAAUCAGCAAAGGGUCAGCAUGCGGUGCUCUUUCCAGUCCUCAGUGCUUCAGAAGAAAUGAGGUAGCCUCUAUUUACAUUUGUGAAUGGAGCUUCAACACAAACGAGAGUGAUGUGACGUUUACCCUUUACUUUACGGAUAUUUUUGGUAAAAAACAAAAAACUGAGAACAUUAGGACGAACCAGACCGAGAUCGUCGACCAAAUCCCCCUAACAGUCAGUUAUAGCGCCGACAUCUGGGUGGAAGCUCAGGCUGGAAAUGCAACGUGCACAUCACCCAACGUGUCAGCUUUACUAAUAGACUCAGUUAAAUAUGACGCACCGCAAAAUAUUUCAGUGUCCUGGGUAAGAAACAACCUCAGUUUAAGCUGGCAGGCUGCAGAGGGUUGUCCAGCUUUAGCAGAAGUCUGGUUUAGAAAAUAUGGAAAUCCUGUGGAAUCAAGUGAAAAAAGAUUAAUAAAUACUACCAACGAGUAUAAUGUUGUCAUCGUAAAUCUUGUGAGGAGUUCAGCUUACCAGGUGCGGAUUAGACAGCUGGCCAUAAAAUACAAAAGCCCACUCUGGAGCAACUGGUCGCCAUUUCUUACAGUUCCUGCAGCGCUUGAUCGUAAACUUGAAGUUGAUCACACAAGCAGACUUUCAAAUGGCACUCGGCAGGUGACACUGACUUGGAAGCCGAUCCCACAUCAAGCAACACUCAGAGGAGUGACAUACAGUGUGACUGACACACACUCUUCUCAUGGAUGUCCUUGUAAGAGGAAAAAGAGCCACACCAGCAGAAACAGCAACCAUCACACCCUGCAUGUGUCUUACUCGGCCGUCAACAUCACUGUUGUUGCCAGAAAUGAAGCGGGGAAGUCACCUGAAACAGUCCUCCAUGUACCAGCUGCUUCUGCAGCAGAUUUAAAAAUUUGUGACCAAACAUUACUGAAUGAAAAGCUAAGGAGGAGAACUUGUCUUGAGCUGUAUGAGCUUCAGGAUGCAGAUUUAAAUCCAGAAAGUGUCAUCGUAUUAACAGCUAGAAAACAGAAGAAAGGAGAGGGAAUUAAAAGCAGCAUGAAAAACUUUACACGCUACCUGUACUUUGAACACAGAUGUCACAAUGGCAAACCACGGACAGUUAAAGUGUGCCUCUUUUAUCUGAAAGAGGGUGCUCCCAACAAGGAGCCGCAGUACGACAAAACCGUUCCUAAAACACAUUCUGUGUCCUUGUCCUGGAAGGAGAUUUCAUAUGAGCACCACCGAGGUUUCCUCACACACUACAGCCUGUGCAGCAUGAAAAUCAGUCCGCAGAAAGAUCCCAAAGAGUGCUUCACUAUCUCAGCAUCAAUGACUGAACACCACCUGGAGAAUCUGACCCCAGGAGCCAAAUACAACAUCACCCUGGCUGGAGCGACCAGAGCAGGAGAAGGACUUCUAGCUGCACAAAUUAUAGAAACAUUACAAGAGAAGUCUGUUAACGUGUGGCUGAGUUUUGGGUUGCUUGUCAUGUUCUUCAUCUUCUCAGCAGGUUUUACCGUUAUCAUAAAGAGAAUUAAAAUGAAGAUCUUCCCUCCUGUACCAAGAUCUGUGAUACUAGACUUCAUCCCCCGCCACCCAGAGAAGGAGCAGGAGAUGUGCAACGCAAAAGAGGAAGUGCACGAACUUACACUGCACCAGCCUGUUCCAGAGCAGACACCUGUUUCAGAUGAAACCUCCAUCUCCAGUGUCCUCAAAGGGGAAUGCAACGACACUAGUGAUGAGGACAUGAAGAAGGAGAGAAGUGACUCAGCAGGAUCUGAAGACAAGGGUUUGAGUCUUGACUCAGCAGAUCAGACUUUGUGCAAGCCACAGAUGGCAGAACUUGCCAGGCUGAUAUACAGGAACGGUUUGGUGGUCAAUGUAAAGUCAGAAUCUUCUUAAAUCAGGUGGACUGUGAAACUGCCCUGCAGAAUCAUGCAAUGGACUCUAUAUGAAAGUCUCCUGGAGUAAGUACUGUACAUGAAAGCAGGAAGUACCCUACUGCUUUAUUUCUGCACAUUAUUAAAUCCUAAGAAAUUCCAGGUUUAAUUUAGGGUUUUCAAUCUUAGAAUUUGAUUUUCACACGCUCAGAUGUAGGUUAGGACAAAAAAAGAUUUUGUUUAAGUUUGUUCAAAGUUAAACACUAAAUGUAUUCAACAAUGUGUGUAUUAGUUGUUUUCUGUACAAAAUGAAUGUGCAAAUAAAGUCUUUUCCUUUGUUGGUUAGUUUUAAAAUGAUGUGCAUGAGCAAAAACAAAAGCAAAUGCAGUGGCAGAGGAAUUAAAACACAAGCAUGGUGAGAGCCGCACAGCAGGAAGUGGUCGUAAAAGGUUUGACCUUAAAACAGUAGCUCUCACAAGGUGGAAAACCAUUGCUCAUUACCAAAGACACUUUUGCAGAUCUAGCUGGUUUUGUUCAGAGUAAAAUAUGACCUGUUUAUUUGUGAGAAGUGCUGACAGAUUGGCAGAAUAUAGUGCAGUUAAAUUUCUCAGAAACGUAGAAUUCUUUGUGCUGGUUCGACAUUUAUUAGUUUGGUUCUGAAGAAUAAAACGAGGGAUCUCCUUGUUUUGCAUUGCAGACAAUACCAUGUUUAUUUCUCACCACAUCAAAAUAAAAACUUCUUGAUCUUGGCCACAGAUAGGAGGAAAGUGCAUCUGAUAAACAAUGUGCGGUCAGUAUUGCUCUCUGUUUUGACUGCAUGUUCAAAUGGGUUUCUCCGAUUUCAUUCAUGCAAGGGAAUCCCUUAUAGGAAUCCGAAAUUAUUAAUCACAUUGAAAGAAAACUGAACAUAGGCUGGUCGUUUCUUUUUACCAGACAUUUUGAUGUUCCUGGUUCAGUUUCUGAAAAUUUUUAUCUACAUACACUUUAAAACAUUGAUGUAUUUUUUUAAACUACAUUUCUCAGCCAUAUAGUGGCUGCUCAUUUUUUCAUUAUAUUACAGAAUUAAAGUGCAAAAAUAAGCUUAGCC